CUUUCAAAGAUGGCGGCCAGAUCCAUCUUCGCUAACAUGCUCAUGGUGGCGCUGAUGUUAACAUGCGCCGGUCUCGCCUCUUCCGCCACCCGCUGCCCCGACUGCGGCCCCACUCAAGUCCCAUACCCACUCAGCACCGGACCCGGUUGUGGCGACCAGUCAUACAAAAUCCGUUGCGAUGCAUCAACAAGCACCCUAUUAUUCGACACACUCAACAACACCUACCCAAUCACCUCAAUCUCUCAAACCACACAACGGUUCGUUAUCCGACCAUCAAGCUUCAUAAACAACAACAACACCUGCGUCACAGCAGAUAUUUCCUCCCACGGUGUACAGCUGGACCCCAGCUUACCAUUCAACAUCACAAGCAGCAACACUAUUUUGUACCUUAACUGCUCCGAAUCGCUUUUAAGGUCGCCGUUGAACUGUAGUUCAACGAGUCUUUGUCACUCUUAUAUUAAUAAUUCGGUUGAUGCUUCAGCUUGUGGGAGAGCCCCGAUUUGUUGUACGUUUCGGACGGGUGGGUCGACAACGACGUAUUCGAUCCGGGUGAGGGAUGGUGGGUGUCAGGCGUAUAGGAGUUUUGUGGGUUUGGAUUAUUCGUUGCCGGUGAGUAGGUGGCCUGCUCCUGGUGUGGAGAUUCAGUGGGUGUCACCGCCUGAGCCGUUGUGUAGUACACAAACGGAUUGUGAUGAUAGGUCUAGUUGUGUGCCGUCUGGUACCGGUGGUGUUAGUAGGUGUAUGUGUAAUUCUGGACUUCAUUGGGAUGGUGUGGCUGGAGUUUGUGCCUUAGAUGAUACUUGUGAGAACAGAGGAGAUUGCAGCGACUCAAAACGGACUGCACUUAUUGCAGGUUUGACCUCCGGCCUGGGAUCAGCACUAGUGGCAGCUAUAAUCGGAUUCUUACUCUACAAACGUCACCGUCGCCACAAAGAAGCACUAGCACGGCUUGCUCGUGAGCGCGAAGAGAUCCUAAACGCCGGUUCUGGAAAAACCGCUAAAGUCUUCACCGGGAAAGAAAUAAAAAAGGCAACAGCCAACUUCUCAAAAGACCGGCUCCUAGGCUCGGGAGGAUACGGCGAAGUAUACAAAGGCAUUCUAGAAGAUUCCACAGUUGUGGCCGUCAAAUGUGCAAAGGUCGGGAACACAAAAGGCACCGAUCAGGUCCUCAACGAGGUCCGGAUCCUCUGUCAAGUUAACCACAGGGGUCUGGUUCGCCUUCUGGGCUGCUGUGUUGAGCUCGAUCAGCCAUUGCUGGUUUACGAGUACAUUCCAAAUGGAACACUGCUGGACCACCUAAAAGGUCAACACAGUGGCAUGUUGACUUGGACCCACCGGCUAAACAUUGCUCGUGAUACGGCAGAGGGGCUAGCAUACCUUCAUUUCUCCGCAGUUCCACCAAUCUACCACCGUGACGUCAAGUCUAGCAACAUCUUACUAGACGAGAAACUGAACGCAAAGGUCGCGGAUUUUGGGUUGUCAAGGCUGGCCGAAGCGGAUUUAAGUCACGUGACAACAUGUGCUCAAGGGACGUUAGGGUAUUUGGAUCCUGAAUAUUAUAGAAACUAUCAGCUGACGGAUAAAAGUGAUGUCUACAGCUUUGGAGUCGUGUUGUUGGAGUUAUUAACAUCCCAGAAAGCAAUUGAUUUUAAUAGAGCACCGGAUGAUGUGAACUUGGCAAUUUAUGUGAAACGGGUUGUUGAAGAGGAAAGGUUGUUAGAUGCGGUUGACCCGAACCUGAAGAAGGGUGCUAGCAAGUUGGAGUUGGAGACGAUGAAAGCAUUGGGGUUUCUCGCGGUAGGGUGCUUGGAGGAACGUCGACAAAAUAGGCCUUCGAUGAAAGAGGUGACUGAGGAGAUCGAGUAUAUCCUUAGCAUUGCGACAAGUAAAUCUGAAGAUUAAAAUGCAUCAAUUAGGCAACUCAUAAAUGUUUUUCUUUGUAGAAAUAUAUUAAAAAGACUGGAAAUAAGUAUAUUAGUGUACAAUAAGUUUCAUUUGUUUGGUGCAUGUGUUGAGGUCAUGACUAAUAGUACAUCUUUUUGUUCGUCAAAAGUUGGUAACGGACA